CCGUAACCGUUGCUCAGGGCGGUUGGUCCCCUCGGUGGAGAGUGAGCGCCCGGCUGCCGCUGCUCCGUAGAAGCGGUUCCUGCCCUGCCCGGUGCGGGCGGGCGCCAGGGGUUCCUUUUGGAAAAUGCCAAACCGGAAGUUUGCGGAUGGUGAGGUGGUGAUGGGCCGUUGGCCAGGAAGUGUCCUGUACUAUGAAGUACAAGUGACUAGUUAUGAUGAUGUUUCUCAUCUUUAUACUGUGAAGUACAAAGAUGGGACUGAACUUGCAUUGAAGGAAAAUGAUAUAAGAUCCCAGUCAGCAUUCAGGCACAGGAAGAGCCAGUCCUCUUCAAGUUCUCCCUCCAGAAGAAGUUCUAGCAGAUCUAGAUCUAGAUCUCCUGGUCGGCCAGUAAAAGGCAGACGUCGUUCUUCUUCCCAAAGCAGAGAACAUAAAGAUGACAAAAAGAAAACCGUUUCGGAAACCAGCUUGGCUCCACUGGCAUUGAAACCAAGUGAGAACAACACCAGAAGGUACAAUGGUGAACCCGAGAGUACAGAAAGAAAUGACACAUCCUUCGUAACCUCAGAGCAAAAGUUGAAACCAGACCGGGAAAUAGCGCGUGUGCUUGAACAGUACAGCUUGCGUUCCAGAAAAGAAGAAAAGAAAAAAGAAGAGAUCUAUUCAGAGAAAAAGACUUUUGAGACAAAAAAAGUAAUUGAGAAAGCACCAUCAAAAACAAAGGAGCUAGAGUUUGGAGGAAGAAUUGGGACCUUCAUGCUGAUAUUUUUCCUGCCUGCUACUGUACUCUACUUGCUCUUGAUGUGCAAACAAGAUGACCCCAGUCUUAUGAACUUCCCCCCUCCUCUCCCAGCACUUGAAAGUCUUUGGGAGGCAAGGGCGUUUGGUGUUUUUCUUCUGUGGUUUUUCCUUCAAGCUCUGUUCUACUUACUGCCAAUUGGAAAGGUGGUAGAAGGCCUGCCUCUUUCAAAUGGAAGGAAACUGCAAUACCGGAUAAAUGGGUUUUAUGCUUUUGUUUUGACUGCUGCAGCUAUUGCAACUUUAUUAUACUUCCAAUUUGAACUUCAUUACCUGUAUGAUCACUUCCUGCAGUUUGCAGUGUCAGCUGCAGCUUUUUCGAUGGUGUUGAGCAUUUAUCUGUACAUUCGGUCCCUGAAAGCACCCGAGGAAGAACUGGCCCCAGGUGGAAAUUCUGGGUAUUUUGUUUAUGACUUUUUUACUGGACAUGAAUUAAACCCUCGUAUUGGCAGUUUUGAUCUCAAAUACUUCUGUGAGCUGCGUCCAGGAUUAAUUGGCUGGGUUGUUAUAAACUUGGCAAUGCUCCUGGCGGAGAUGAAGAUACACAAUCAGAGCAUGCCGUCUCUGUCAAUGAUACUUGUGAACAGCUUUCAGCUUCUGUAUGUGGUGGAUGCUCUUUGGAAUGAGGAAGCCGUUUUGACUACAAUGGAUAUUACCCAUGAUGGAUUUGGAUUCAUGCUUGCAUUCGGAGAUCUGGUGUGGGUUCCAUUUGUCUACAGUCUGCAGGCCUUCUAUUUAGUUGGUCAUCCUACUGCAAUUUCUUGGCCUGUUGCUGCUGCAAUCACAAUUCUGAACGGUAUUGGCUAUUACAUAUUCCGUAGUGCAAAUUCCCAGAAAAACAGUUUCCGAAGGAAUCCAGCAGAUCCCAAAUUGGCCUAUCUGAAAUCUAUACCCACUGCAACUGGGAAAGGGCUUCUUGUCACAGGCUGGUGGGGUUUUGUUCGCCACCCGAACUAUCUUGGUGAUAUCAUCAUGGCUCUGGCGUGGUCCCUCCCCUGUGGUUUUAAUCACAUUUUACCAUAUUUCUACGUUAUCUAUUUCAUCUGCUUGCUUGUUCAUCGAGAAGCUCGGGAUGAACAUCACUGUAAGCAGAAAUACGGCUUGGCAUGGGAAAGGUAUUGCCAGCGUGUACCAUACCGCAUAUUUCCUUACAUCUACUAGAGCACUCCAGACGCCUGAUCUGCAGAUUCCUUCUAAAGUUAGUUUCUUUAUAAAUAAAAGUAUACCUCUUACCUUU